AAUUAACCAGAAAAGCGCAGCCAUAAAUUAAUAAAAACUUUAUAAAAUUCUAAAUUUCCUUAAAAUUACAAAUUAUAUAAGAAUAUUUCAUAAAAUUGGCCUCAUAACUGUUCUAAUUAGUUGUCUAAAUAAACUUGGGAAGUGCUAACAGUUAGUUUCCUGUUUAGCGUUGAUGAGUCAUCGCUGAAAUUUCCGUCUGCUUUGUGGCCUAUAACCAAGUUUAUUAUAUUGACUGUUUUGUGUCGAACAAACAAAAGGAAAAACACAUGCAAACAUAAAUAAGACAUUUUUCUAUCACUAUAAAAGUAAUAAAUAUACAAGUAUGUUUUUUUUAAAUAGAGAUAACAGUAGACCAUAUAGCCUUAAAUAUGUUUCCUUCCUGGGAAAAAAUGAAUCAUUGAUAGUAAUGGAGGUUAUCGAAUUAUAAGAUGAAACUUCCGCGUAUUAAUUCGCAAUUAAUAUUAGUUGAUAAAACUAUACUUUCCAUUUACCACGAAAACUUAUAAAUAACUACAAAUAAAAUGUAUUUACUACCCGAUUUAUUGGCCAUAAAUUUACAGCAAGUAUUAUACUACUAAUGCCACGAUGUAAGCUUAAGCAACAUAUAUUUUUUUUGUUUUUAUAACAAAAAAGUACGUUUAUUUAUAACCCCCAUUAUACAUAUAAACGUUUUAAUAAAAAAUUGGAUUAUCGGUAAAGGUUAAUAUGAUAAGGUUAUCCGAAAGCUACGUUAAGAACUGUAAUAAAAUUGUCUUACUGUUUGUUUAUGGUACAAAAACAACACUUUGAAGAGUUAACGACAAAAAAGUGCUCAUGUUUUUGACCAAUAGCAAAAUGGCCGGAAAGAUAAAAAAAAAUCCCCUCUUGAUACACUUAUCGCCAUGUCAAAUACAAAGUUAAGCACCUGUUGACGAUGAUAACGUUCAACGAAAAUGAUAUGAUACUAAAUAAUAAUUUGCAAAUAAAAUGACUACACAUGGAGUCGAGCCAUCAUUACAGUAUUAACUACAGUUAAGUUGUGUCCAUUGUCAUCGGCAUACGCGAAGUGCAUUUAGUGCGAGAAAUUCGAAAUAAAAAAUAAAAUAACAAUUUCAACGCAAAGAAAGUAUUAAAAGUGUUUAGUUCGCUACUUACUUAAAACAAAAUCAAAACAAUUCUCAUACGUCAUGUCAGAUUUUGGAAAGAAUCCUCCGCCAUACACACAGCCUGGCUACACGCCUGCGCAAACAUAUCAACCCCCACCGACCACCGAAACUGUGAUUAUACAAACAACGAGUCCAGCAUUCGUGCCCGUAAGCAAUGAACCGACACGUAUCACUUGUCCCUCCUGUCACGCACAAGUAUUAACUAAAGUGGAACAUCAGGCGAACUCGCGGACACAUUGCUGGGCGUUGGUACUGUGCCUCGUAUUUUGCUGGCCUUGCGUGUGCGUACCCUAUUGUAUGGACUCCUGCCAGAACGCCAACCACUACUGUCCCAAUUGCAACGCAUUCAUUGGAACCUAUACAAACUAACUGUAAUAAACCAAAGCGGAAAGUAAUAAACUUAAGCAAAACUAACAAAAAAAAAGCUUUUUUCAAAAAAAAUAAACCAAAGCCUCGAAGCGAGAAAAAAAUUUUUUGAAUUAAUAGAUGAGACGAAGUGAAGCUACUAAAGUAUUUGGAUGCAAAUAAAUGGAACAUAAUUGAUAAAAAAAAACGCGUUUACUUAAAUAUUUUUACUAUAAUAAAUAUAUAUAUUGUAUAUACACUGACUUGCGUAUAUUUGACUAUAUUGUGAAAAAAGUGUCGAGAAUGAAACAUUUGAAUUAAUUUUUGAAUAAAUUGCUAUUGUAAGGAAAUACAUUAUAUUCCAUAUUUCUAUGCUGUACUAUUUUCGUAAGAUAAUGUAAAGAAUUGUACUUUAUAAAGAUUAAAAUAUUUACAUACAUACAUACUUUGUUAACGACGAUGAAACGCAUUUAACGAGAAAUACAUAAUAUAUAUGGUAUAUGUGGUAUACCGGAAACUAAA